GUCUCCAUUUAUUUACCUGUCGCGGAAGUAUGGAGGCAGACAACAAAAACAUUAGAAUUGUCUAAAUUAGAUCUACAUUAAUCUAGACUAGAUCUAAAGAUCUGGAAUAGUUCUGAAUAGGAUUAAACUUUGUCUUUCACUAAGAUCUAGAAUCUGUAAUCCUAGAAUCUAGUAGAUCUAUAAAUAUAAUGAAUCGAUCUGAAAGUAUUAGAUCGGAGACAGCUUUGUCUUCAUCAAUUGACACUGUCACUGGGGCUAGCAGUAGUACCAGCAUUAAUAUUAGUAAUACAAACACUAGGAGUGUUCGAAUUAAUGUCAUGGAAGGAGUUGGAGCUCGAGUAGUCAGAGGACCAGAUUGGAAAUGGGGAAAACAAGAUGGAGGAGAAGGCCAUAUAGGCACUGUAAGAAAUUUUGAAUCACCUGAAGAAGUUGUUGUUGUGUGGGAUAAUGGAACAGCUGCAAAUUAUCGGUGUGCUGGAGCUUAUGAUUUGCGAGUGCUUGACAGUGCACCAACAGGCAUCAAACAUGAUGGAACAAUGUGUGAUACUUGUAGGCAGCAGCCUAUUUUUGGAAUACGAUGGAAGUGUGCUGAAUGUACAAACUUUGAUCUUUGCUCUGUUUGUUAUCAUGGUGAUAAACACAAUAUGCGUCACAGGUUUUAUCGACUUGCAAAUCCUGGCAAUGAAAGGAUUCUUAUUGAGCCAAGAAGAAAAAGCAAAAAAAUUACAGCAAGAGGAAUUUUCCCAGGAGCUCGAGUUGUUCGAGGUGUUGAUUGGCAAUGGGAAGAUCAAGAUGGUGGCAAUGGAAGACGGGGAAAAGUUACAGAGAUUCAGGAUUGGAGUGCAGCAAGUCCACGCAGUGCUGCUCAUGUUCUUUGGGAUAAUGGUGCCAAAAAUCUUUAUAGAGUUGGUUUUGAAGGAAUGGCUGAUUUAAAAGUACUCAAUGAUGCAAAAGGUGGAUCUUUCUACAGGGAUCAUCUCCCACUAUUAGGUGAACAAGGCCCUGGUUCACGUUCAGGUCCAUGUGGUUUAGCUGUUGGUGACCAAGUGAAUGUAGAUCUAGAUCUGGAGAUUGUCCAAUCUUUACAACAUGGACAUGGUGGAUGGACUGAUGGAAUGUUCGAAUGUCUGGGCACCACAGGAACUGUUGUUGGUAUUGAUGAGGACCACGACAUAGUUGUUUCCUAUCCAAGUGGUAACAGGUGGACAUUUAACCCAGCCGUGCUUACCAAAGUAAGCACAGCCAGUAGUUCCACAUCUAUAGCCAGUGACACAAGCUCUGCAGCCCAGUUUGCUGUUGGGGAUCUCAUUCAGAUUUGUAAUGAUGCAGAAAGAAUUAAAGUCCUACAACGUGGCCAUGGAGAAUGGGCUGAAGCAAUGCUGCCGACUCUUGGUAAGAUUGGUCGAGUUCAACAAAUCUAUCAUGACAAUGAUCUGAAAGUAGAGGUUUGUGGGACAUCAUGGACAUACAACCCCUUAGCUGUUACUAAAGUAGCCUCAGCUGAUGGUGCUGCAAUAGGAUGCUCUUCAGGAGAACGUUUAAGUGCUCUUUUAAAGAAACUGUUUGAGACCCAUGUUUCUGGUGAUGUUAAUGAAGAACUGGUGAAAGCCUCAGCCAAUGGAGAUAGUGUAAAAGUGGAUGAGAUUUUACAAAGACCAGAAUCUGAUGUGAAUGGUGUGUUUGCUGGUCACACUGCUCUCCAGGCGGCUUCACAAAAUGGUCAUAUUGAAGUCAUUAAAGUUUUAAUCAAGCAUGACGUGAAUAUGGAAGUUGAGGAUAAAGAUGGUGACAGAGCUGUUCAUCAUGCUGCAUUUGGUGAUGAACCAGCAGUGAUAGAACUACUUCACAGAGGAGGUGCUGACCUAAAUGCUCGAAAUAAACGUAGACAGACUCCACUACAUAUUGGGGUCAAUAAAGGUCACAUUGGUGUGGUUAGAUCUCUCUUGGAUCUUGGAAGUCAUCCCAGUUUGCAAGACUCUGAAGGUGACACAGCCCUUCAUGAUGCCAUAAGCAAGAAAAGAGAUGACAUGAUAUCUUUGUUGCUAGAGCAUGCAGCAGACAUCACUAUCACCAACAACAAUGGUUUUAAUGCCCUCCACCAUGCUGCCCUUAGAGGGAACCCUAGUGCCAUGCGUAUCUUGUUGACCAAGUUACCUAGACCCUGGAUUGUUGAUGAGAAGAAAGAUGAUGGCUACACAGCGCUUCACUUAGCAUCUCUCAAUAACCAUGUGGAAGUGGCAGAGCUGCUGGUGCAGCAGGGUAAAGCAAACAUGGACAUUCAGAAUGUUAACCUCCAGACACCUUUACAUUUGGCUGUAGAGAGACAGCACACACAGAUUGUCAGACUGUUGGUCCGAGAAGGUUGUAAUCUGAAUGUCCCAGACAAAGAUGGUGAUACACCUCUUCAUGAAGCUUUAAGACAUCAUACACUGUCACAGUUAAGACAACUCCAAGACAUGCAAGAUGUUGGCAAACUGCUGAUGGGACUAGGUACACCAGGUGCUGAUAAAAAGUCUAGUGCUUCUAUUGCAUGCUUUCUGGCAGCUAAUGGAGCUGACCUUAACUUAAAAAACAAGAAAGGACAAACACCUUUGGAUCUCUGUCCUGAUCCCAAUCUUUGCAAGACUUUAGCCAAAUGUCAUAAAGAACGUAACAGUCCUGGUUUGACUGCCCCCAAUGCUGCCAUUAUCCGCAAUGACCAAGAGAGUCUGGAGGAGUGUAUGGUCUGCUCUGACCAGAAGAGGGACACACUGUUUGGCCCCUGUGGACAUAUCUGUACCUGUUCUCUGUGUUCACCUCGGGUCAAGAAGUGUCUUAUGUGCAAAGACCCUGUUCAGUCCAGAACAAAGAUUGAAGAAUGUGUUGUGUGUUCAGAUAAGAAGGCCACAGUCCUUUUUAAACCUUGCGGUCAUAUGUGUGCUUGUGAUGGCUGUGCUAACUUAAUGAAAAAGUGUGUUCAGUGUCGAGCUUCUAUAGAAAAAACAAUCCCAUUCAUUGUUUGCUGUGGUGGAAGUCCUCCUCCAGAGCCCCAAAAACCUGGCAUAAUGAACAAUGGAUCAAGAGAUGUCAGCAGAGACAUACAGAAACUUCAACAACAACUGCAAGAUAUUAAAGACCAGACUUGCUGUCCUGUUUGUAUGGACAGACUCAAGAACAUGAUUUUCCUUUGUGGACAUGGAGCAUGCCAACUAUGUGGUGAUCGACUCAACGAAUGCCCGAUUUGUCGUAAAUCUGUGGAGAAAAGAAUUUUACUUUAUUAGAGGCAGUGGAUCUCAAACCAGAGUGUAUUCACUAAGGUUGCAGUCUACGUGGAACUCAUUGUCUGCAUUCAACUGCAUGUUUUCAUUUUUUUUUAUUUCGGCCAGUACAUAAUUUGUUCAUGUCAUUCUAAAGUAAAUCAUUUUCUGAAAGAAAGUGUUCAUUUUCAAACAAAUUUUUUUUAAUUGUUAGCUGAUGUCAUUUUUUUCAGACUUUGAAUCCAUACAAAUUAUUUUGUCAGAUUUGUGUGUGUGUGUGUAUAUAUAUAUAUUAAUUGUAAUCAUCAAUGUGUGGCAUGAGUAGCAUAAAUUGCUUAGCUGUAAAACUAAAGGUCUGAAUUUUUAGCAUGAGAUAUAACUUGUAAUGUGUUUUUUGAGUGCCUAGAGGUAGUGUAGUCAUGCUAUAAAAGUUUGGAAGAGUGUAAUGCAAAAUCAAAUAGUAUUGUGUUGUUAUUUUUUUAAAUUAAUGACUAAUUUUAGUUCUGAUAAUCUUUGCAUGUGUGAUGAGUUGAAUGACACAUCAACUAUUGGCUUUAAUAUAAUCACCCAGUGACAUUUAGUUUGAGUGCAUUCUAAACAUUGAAGUACCUGCAUAUUUCUUGCACAGUUAUUUCCUACAUAUAUAGGCUACAUUCAAGACUUAUAUAGUUUUGAAGUUGUUGAAACCUUUUUAUUGUAAAUAUUUGAAAUAAGAACAAAAUGGCUCUAAACAUCAUCUAUUUAACUGACUAUUUGUCAGGUCAUCAUCCAAGAAACACUGCACAGAUUAGAAGUUAUAGCAAUAUAUUCGUUUAGUCAAUAUUUAUUCUGUAAUAUCGAACAGUUUGUCUUUUGUUUUCUCCUCUUCAGUUUCUCUAUAAUAGUGUGUACCAAAAUAGCUAUUCCACUAUUAGUGAGUUCUUAGUCCAAACAGUGAACAAUUGAUUCUUUGUUAUCCACAAUGUUGUCUGUCCUAUCUUUAGUCUCAUCAAAAGAACAUUUUAUACUGUUCAGUCUGUUGCAUGACUUUAUAUUAAAUCAGACAACUUCAGUCACAUGAUUGAAAGAAAAAUUGUUUUAAUCAGUCUUAAAAGUCAAACAAAUUUAGUCAGUAGGACUUAAUUUAUGACACUUUUGUCUAUCACCUCUUUGCAACUUGUUUUUUUAUACUAGUUUGUGACAUGUUUGCCUCAUCCACAAGAGACAAAUAUUUCUGCAUGUACAGUUUGAUUUGUUGUAUUUUGUUUCAAGAUAUUUACUUGAAAUUAUUCUACUGCUUGUAAUUUAGAAACUGGCUAGGUUAUAAUACACGUAGAUGCCUCCUUUUGUAUUUGUAUGUAAUAAAUAUGUUAUAAAAACAAUAUAAUUCAUAAAAAGAUUUAAUGGAAUCAAGUGAAGAAACAGUAUUUUCUUUUAACUUAUUUUGUCUGUAAUUUUUAUGAACUCAACUAAUUAUUUAUAAAAACAUUCUUUGCACUUUGAAAGAAAAAGGCUUAGCUGCUGGUGUUCUAUUCAAAAUAAAAGUUUUUUUUUGUUAAAGUUUAAACAACUUUUUAACUGUUUGAUGUGAUCCGGUCGAACUUGCUUGGUGCUAUAAUAUGGUCUCAUUGUAGUCUUGUAUAACUGUAGUACUAUAUAUGAACCAUUUAUUAGAGUCAAUCUAGUUUGUAUUAAUUUGCUGAUAUACUAAUGCUUGAGAGACUAAUUUUUUUUUUUCUUCAAGAAAACAUAUUUUAUUUUGUUCACUGCCAAAGACUUACUCAAUUUUACUUGAUCUUAUCAAGGCAGUUUGAACUCGUUUAAAUACAACCACAAUGCACAUUGAUUCUUAUUGUUUAUGUCAUGUGAAAGUUAAUGUAGAUUUAGUGCAUUAAUUUCAAUGUGGGUCAGAGCACCAAUGUCAUGCCUAUGUUUUUGUGUAUGUUUAAUAUCUAAGGAAACAAAUAAUGUUUUUUUUUUUUUUUUUUUCUGAAAUUGUUAAAAAAACAACAACUGAGAUUGUAUUUGGCUAAGUAUUUAGGAAGCAAUUGUGAAUUUUUUCUUUCUUUCAAGUAUUUGAAUGAGUUUUGAUACAACCUCAACAACUUGCUCAGAAAUCUCACCAAAUUUGUGAAUCAUUUUCUUCAUACAGUUUUCAAAUGUCAUGUAUAUUCUAUUUAAUUGAUAUAGUUGAGAAUAAUUAAUAAUUUUUUUUGUCCUGAUGUGAAUUUUGUGCUUAAUUUUUCAUGGUUUGUGUUUGACUUCUAUUGAUGCCAUGAUGUUUUUGCCUAAGUGCAUCCUAUGCUUGUUUCACAAGGUUCUGUUAGAAUGUACAUUAGUUUUGUGUCAUAACACUUUCUAUGACUCUAUUUUGUGUGUUAUAGAAGAAACAAUAUUAUUUUAUUGAGAUUUUUCUUUGAUAAAAGUUUGUGUUUGAUAGCCAACAACUACAUGAUGAAUUGUUUUGUUGUUUUAUAUGUACUUGUAUAUUGUUACAAGUAAUAGCAUUGCAGGUGGGCCUAGUCUAGGAGACCACAAUGAGUUGAUGUCCUGUAAGGGAAUGACUUUGGAUAUUACUGUGUAGUAUUCAACAGCUAUUAUAAUUUUUCACAUUGGUAUUUGCUUUUCAUAUUUCUACUUCAUUUUUUUUUUAUUGAUAUCAUACAUCAUGAUGGUUUGACUAAGAUCUUUAUAUUUGUAAAAUGUCCACAGAUUGUCUUUUCUUUUUUCCAUUGAAUUGUUUAUUUUUAAACUGUUUAUUUAAUAAAUGUUUUGCUGGCUGUGACAUUACUUGUAAUGAAGUCACUUCAAUAAAUAGUAAUAUAUCUCACUUGACUGAUUUUGAUUUGUCUUUAGAAAUAUGAGGUAGGCAAUUCUUCUAUCCUGCCUGCUUUGUCCUAAUAAUUGACAUUUUCUUAAUGCCAUGUUUUCAUCAAAUAAAUGGAAUACUUUUGAUCUUCUACAGUUCUUUCUGAAAACAUACAGCUUGUAAACCAAUACAGGCUCCCCUAUUACAUAGUUGCAAAUGUAUCUUUUAUUUUGUACUGAACAACAUAUUCAAUUGAAGAGGUUUUUAUUUGUGGGUUUGUUUUUUUAAUUUAGCAAAAUUAAUAAUAAGGCUUGUUUUUGAGUUGAAAGUUUAAGGUUGAGUGCAGUAUUUCAUUUGAUAAAUGACUGCUUAGUUAGUUCAAAAGGUUGAAAUACUGCAUGACAGGAAAAAGCUGCUUUUCUCACUCUCCCUGCCUUUUGUCUGCUAUUUGGACUUUUUUAUACAGAGAGAGAAAAAAAAAAGCUUUGAGGCAAUCAUUUCUUGAACAUUGUAACAAACUAAAGAUAUUUGAAUCUGUUUCUCCAUGUUUUUUAAACUUAUGCUUUUUUUUUUAUUUAAUAUCUCUAUGACAUCAGCUUUAUAUUUAAGUCAAUCAUGUAUAAAGAGUUCUCUAUCUCAUCAAUAAAUAUAAAAACAAUUGGUUCCUGUUGAUUGGACCACAUCAGGUUGGGAUGACUUUGGUUUUAGUAACAUACCUGAUGUUAGUAGAGGGAAUGUGCUAUACAUCAAAAAUGUCAAUCUUUUUGGGGGGUCUUGGGGGGAUAUAAAUUUGAAGUCACAUAAAGAAUCAUCAAUUCAAUAGAACAAAUUGUUUUGGUUCUGUAUUGUGGUCAAAUUAUUUUGGGUCUGUAUUGUGGUCGGCAUUUUUGAGGGGCCAUCACAUCAUGGGCAGGAUAUAGAGCAUCACUGCUUUAUGUUAUAAACAAUACUGAAAUGUCAUUAUUAAUGGCUUCUGUUUUGUGGUGCACACUUUUAUCAAACAUAGAGAUUACAACUACUUUAAGCUCACAAAUUUUAUACAUGGAAAAGUAAGUAGUCAAAUCCUUUGAAACAAUCUUCAUAAUACCUAGGGUGCAAAACAUAAUACAUUGCUAAAAAUAUGUCAAUGUUAGAAGACUUAUCCAGUAUGUUAGGCAUUGUAUUGAUAACCAACAAAAUAAUAACAAAUAUCUGAUGCAUCUAUGGGACUGCCUUCAUUUCCCUUUUUUUAUUAAAUAGUGCAAAGUUUAUCAGUAUUUCCUUAUAUUCUGUGUUAUCUCUGGCACCAUCUCAUAACAAGCAUUAUCUUUUUCUUGGUCUUCUGAUGCUGGGAGCAACAUUUGCAUUAUUGCAAUCUUCAUAUUUGGGGUGGCAUUAAAGCUGAAGUGGAAGAAUAAAAAAGUGUACAAUUCUUUCUCCUUGAAAUUCCAUAUUUCCAUCAGGAAGUAGUUUUUUAUACUUUAGUGUUCUAUGGUCCAUUGAAAAUAAAUUAGAGCUAUAAAGUUAUAUAGUGAACAUUUUGCCUUAUGUAAUUCAAUUUGUUUUGUUUCUGUAUAAUUAGAGGAAAUAAUGGCUUGGUCCUAUUGACUGUUGGUUUAAUUAAGCUGGAUUUAUUAAUGGUGUGCAGAGUGAUAAGACAGCUUUAAUUUACUUCCAAAGGUUUACUUGUGUCUUUGAUAGGAUUGACUUUCUUAAUUGCAUUUUUAAAGUGACAUUUUGGUAACAAAUGGAAUAUACAAAAAAAAAAUUUAUUCUAUAGAGAAACUGACGCCUUUUUUUUUCAUAGGCUUGUAUGUUGAAAAUGCAUUUGUGCUUUUAUUCCUUUCUGAAAAAUAUUCUUUUUAGUCUUGCAAAUUAGAGUGAAUGUAUUAGGGGAGACAACUUCACUUGCAUGCUUACAGUUUCCAAUAAUUCAGUUUCACUUCUCAUACUUCAAUGCCAUCCACUCAGUUGUUCAAGCAAAGCAGUUUAGUACUGUAGAAUUCACUUUCUCUAUCUCAAGCAAAGUUUAAAUUGGACAUAAAUGUACUUACAAAGAAAGUUAUCAUUUGAAAACUGUGACUAUCAAGAAAGAAUAAUCCUUAUGAAAAUAGUUCUGGAAGCAAAUAGUUAUAUUUUAAAUAUCUUGUUCUGUCCAAACAAAAUGGUUAUAUUUACAUUUCUGUGUGCAGGUUUAUUGGAACACAAGUUAAAUAUUUGUGUAAACGCUAGCAUUUUUUUUUUCAUUUUAUUCUCUACUAAUUAAGUACAUAAGAGAAUAAAACCUACUCACAUGGGAAGAAAAAAACGAAAAGUGUUAUAACUUUUUACUGUACCAUUUCACGAUGGAGAAACAAAUGACAGCUCUGAUUAAUAUCUUGUUUUUUUAAUAUUUAAAUUUUGGUUGUUUUAUUGAGACCAUAAACUGAACUUAAGAUUAUUUUUUUUAUUGUACAACUUAUUUACUUCAAAGGGUCAAGUGUUAUUCAUAUAUAUUAUCUGGAAAUUUUUAGUUAGUUCCAUUAAAAUUGUAAUUUUUUUUUGAAGGCCUAGUUUGAAAUUCUACAGUUGGAGGGAUGAAUAUUUAGUCAUGUGCUGGACACACAAAACCCUCAUUGAAAUUCUAAUGUUUUAAUUAAAGUCAGAUUGAUAUUUAUAUGGUCUAGAUAAUGAUUGAGAAAUAAAAGUCAUGAAAUCUGUGUACUUGUCUGUGAUCCCUUUGGUUUGUGCAUGUUGUGUGUUAGUUUGGUUUGAAAUAUUCAGCUACAGCUUGAUGGCUUAUUAAUAGAUCUAAAAUGUGUUUUUUUUUUCUUUGCUUACUUAUAUCUUGCUAAGUUUAUUGAUUCAUCGUGUGCAUUGGUGUAAAAAUGAUCUGUUAACAAAUGAAUUACUUUAAGUCUCACCAAAAUCAAAAUUAGUUCUGGUACUAAAUUUUAAUGUUACAACAAAAUAAAUGAUGCUGUUUCAUUUGUCAUUUCUUCUUCACUUGGACUUGCAUUGAUGACCUAAUGGACAGUCUGAUCAGUUAAUAGUAAAGUUUAUUUUCAUCCUCUCAUAAACAGACUGUUGCAAAUAGAUUACAUCUUGUCUGCUUUAUUUUGACCCCAAGCUCUACAAGUUUUGUAUGUGGCCCCCCUAAGUUAUUUUUGUUAAGUGUUUUGCUUACAAAUAAUGAAUUUCUAUUCUUUGAAACAUGGCAUCUUUAAUAAAGUUUGUGUUUUGUCA